AAUCGCUCGGAAUCGCAGAUCAAUAAUAACUGAAAAUGCUGAAGCAAAUGAAUAGCCUGAUCCUGGCCAGACGCCAUCUCUGGGUGGCUGGCGGUGGCCUGCGGGCCAAGGAAGGCGACAAGGGCAAGGGCAAGGGGAAGGGCAAGGAGAACGAGAAGUUCCGCACGGAGAAGGACACCUUCGGGGAGCUCAAGGUGCCGGCGGACAAGCUUUAUGGGGCCCAGACGAUGCGCUCUAAGCUGAACUUUCCCAUUGGCGACAUAGCCGAGCGCAUGCCGGUAGGGAUUAUCCAGCUAUUAAAAGCCCUCCUCCUUAACUUAAUCCCCCACUGCACGCAGAUGCCUGUGAUCCAGGCCAUGGGCAUACUGAAGAAGGCCUGUGCCGAGGUCAACAAGGAGUUCGGCCUGGACGGUAAGAUCUCGGACGCCGUCUCCUGCGCCUGCGACGAUGUGAUCUCCGGCAAGCUGUACAAGCAGGGUCACUUCCCGCUGGUCAUCUGGCAAACUGGUUCCGGCACCCAGUCCAAUAUGAACACCAACGAGGUGAUCAGCAAUGCGGCCAUCAAGAUGAUGGGUGGCGAACUGGGCAGCAAGAAGCCGGUGCAUCCGAACGACCAUGUGAACAAGUCGCAGAGCUCCAACGACACCUUUCCCACGGCCAUCCACAUCUCGGUGGGCAUGGAGCUGAACGAGCGACUGGUUCCGUCGGUGACCCACCUGCGGGAUGCCCUCAAGUCCAAGUCGGAUGAGUUCAAGGACAUCAUCAAGAUUGGCCGCACCCAUCUGAUGGACGCAGUUCCUCUGACCCUGGGCCAGGAGUUCAGUGGCUACGCACAGCAGCUGACCUACGGCCUGGACAGGAUCAAGACCUGUCUGCCGAGGGUCUACGAGCUGGCUUUGGGCGGCACUGCGGUGGGCACUGGCCUGAACACCCACAAGGGAUUCGCCGAGAAGGUGGCCAAGCGGAUUGCCGAGCUCACCUGUCUGCCCUUUGUGACGGCGCCCAAUAAGUUCGAGGCCCUGGCCGCCAGGGAUGCCAUGGUGGAGGUCCAUGGGGUGCUCAACACGAUCGCCGUGAGCCUGAUGAAGAUCGCCAACGAUAUCCGACUGCUGGGAUCGGGUCCCCGUUGCGGACUGGGGGAGCUCAUGUUGCCGGAGAACGAGCCCGGUAGCUCCAUCAUGCCCGGCAAGGUGAAUCCCACGCAGUGCGAAUCGAUGACCAUGCUGUGCGCCCAGGUGAUGGGCAACCAGGUGGCCGUGACCAUCGGUGGCUCCAACGGGCACUUCGAGUUGAAUGUCUUUAAACCAUUGAUAAUAUCGAAUGUGCUGCGCUCCAUCCGGCUGUUAGCCGACGGCAGCAUGACCUUCAGCAAGAACUGCGUGGAGGGACUGCAGGCCAAUAAAGAGAGGAUCGACAAGAUCAUGAACGAGUCGCUGAUGCUGGUCACCGCCCUGAAUCCCCACAUCGGCUACGACAAGUCCGCCCAGAUCGCGAAGACGGCCCACAAGAACAAGACGACCCUGAAGGAGGAGGCCUUGAAAACCGGAAUCACCGAGGAGCAGUUCAAGGAGUGGGUCAACCCCAAGGAGAUGCUGGGACCCAAGUGAUCCUCGUCUUAGUUACUAUUGAUGUUGUUAGCUGGAUGUAAUAAAUUUGCCAUGUUUAAAGAUUAUUAAAAGUAUAGAAACUUUUGUUUUUUUUUUACAAAGACUUAAUGUAUUUUUCAUCAAAAAGUAACGGCUAUUUGGCUUUCAAAUUUUAAAUGGUUCGAGUCCCAGCUAAACGCCACCGGUUAGGGUCACCGUUAUCGAUUUUUGAAACCGCAAUAUACCAUAAAUCGUAGUGGUCACACUGGCGCCUUGCUGUUUUUAACUUUUUCUUUGUUUUUAUCGUAAAUUCCAGCGUAAUUAGCUGCCGUUUUUAAGCGGAAUAUAAACAGAAAAAGCAGAUAAACAAGUGUUCAUUUCAGUGGCCUUUUUCCUGAUCGAAGAAAUUCGAGCUGGAAUCGAUUAUCUAACGACAAAAUCGAAACGAGCGUUGGAGUAGGCGCAGAUAAAAAGAAUAAGGCAACCAGGCAAGUUGGCUCUCGUAAAUUAUCCGUUCUGACCAGUUUAAAAAAAGAGCAAAAUCAGUGUAGCCCACACAGGCAUCGAAAAGGCGAUAUAUCUUUCGAGACAGAGAAAAACCAACCUUUUGGAUCCGCGGAUUUUGCCUUGUAGUUGCACCACCACCCACUCUGCAACCCGCCCCCUGCAGCUGCACCGCCCACUUCCAACACCCACAAACAAAAAAUU